GAAGUCCUACAAAAUGUUAGAUCUAUCUGUGUGUAUUUAGUCAAUGCUUAUGGUAACCAACGCCCAUGAAUAAGUAACUAUUCUUCCAAAGAUAUCUCAAAAUGAUUGUAAAAAAUGUGAUCGCGAGUGUUAAUUUGUUACUUUUAUUCUCAGUGGUAGGCACUCAAGCGAUUCGUUGUUAUCAAUGUAGUAGUGACACUGACCCUAAAGGCGAAGAUUUGUGUGGAGCGUACGAAAAAUUUGAUAAAGACAAAAAUAUCGCUGUAGAUUGUAACAGCGAAGAGUCAUACAUGCCUGGCACCUUCUGUGUUAAAAUAACGCGUCAGAGUCCUCGUGGUUUUAUUUGGGACGGUAGAUGGCGACAAGUGAUCCGUCGAUGUUCUUCCGUUGCCAGUACUGGAGUCACGGGUGUUUGUAACUGGGGAGUAUAUGAAAAUGGUGUAUAUUGGGAAGAAUGUUCCUGUUCUGAAAAUUCUUGCAAUGCGGCAUCAACUUUAUCGUCAUUUUCAAUAAUCAUUUUAUUGAGUCUCCCUAUUUCGAUUAUUAUAUUCUCUUUAAGAUGACAAUAUAGAAUACUAAGAUAACAUCACCGAGAAUAAGGGAGAUUCGAAUGACUGGUUACGAACGUAACAGUAUCAUAUAAAAAGUAACCUUAUUUUAACAAAUGAAAGGAAUCCGUCCAGAAUUAUAUCGGAAUAUAAUCCGUCCAUUUUCAAUUACUAUAUAAAUUUAUAUGAUUAAUAUGUAUAUCAUAAUUUUAUAAGUAAGCAAGUCAAUUUUUAUCGUACAUUUUUGUAUUAAAUUCAGCCCUAUAAUUUUAUAUUUAAUUAAGUGUAAAUAAUCUACUGUAACACUGAAAACUGCUGUAUAAUUACAUACAAUAAACUACAUUCUUGGCAUAAAUCAA